AUGGACGAAUCAAGAGCCUCAAUCAAACCAUCAACAAAAUCAAGCUUGUUCUUGGCAGAAAGGACAAGCACCAUCGAUCUUUUCCAACUAUGGAAGUUGUCGUUGGAAACAAAGUCUUCGGAAAACAUAUCGGUGAAGCCGUCGCUGAGAGCAAUUGGAUCGGCGAUCGAACUCAUCGACGUCAAAAAAGAGGAACUCAAGAAGGCGUUCGAUGACCUCCAAGCCAAAUCUCUGCACCUCUCUUCUUUCUCUUGGUCCGACCUCCAUGCUCACUUCACCAAAAUUCAGAACUCGGUGACUCAACAGUUCCGCAUCCUCGAGUCCCGCGAAUCCUUUCGCAACCCAAUUGAUGGCUCCCCGUUUCGAAGUUCACUUAGUGCUCAACUCAAUCGUCCCCUAAACAGAGAGACCACCGGCUCCCAACACCUUGUACCGUCAAAUGUUGAGAAGCCAUCGUCGUCAAAUUCCGUGGGCGUGCAGUCUGAUGGGUCGGUUCCGCCGUCAGGCCUCGCUGGCUCAGUGGUGACUCGACUAGAACUGAAGGAGUUUUGUGAGAGAAUGGAUGGGAAGGGGUUGAGGAAGUACAUAUACGACAGCGUAAAAGAACGGGGAACUAUCCGAAUGGAGCUUCCCGGUUCAUUGAGGAGUGCUGCGGAUCCUGGGGCAAUGGUUUUGGAUGCAAUUGAGGGGUUUUACUCUGGGAAUUCGCAGUCUAAAGAUGAUACAGAACCAGGAAUCCUCGAAUUAAGGAGAGUUUGUGUGUUUUUAUUGGAGCAGUUAAUGGAAACUUGUACAAGUAUCGAUGAAGAAGUGAGGGAGAGAGCAAAGAAGUUAGCUUUAGACUGGAACGGCAAGGUCAAGUUGCUCAAAGAUAACUCUUUGGAGAUAUUUGUUUUUUUGCAUUUAGUGGCAACUUAUAGUUUGGGACCUAUGGCUGAUAAGGAGGAGCUUGUUGAUUACUUCUUUACCAUUGCUAAAUUCCAGCAAGCUGCUGUAUUGUGUAGGUCAAUUGGUCUAGCGGAGAAAAUUCAUGGUAAGGUUAUUGCUUUCUUAAUUUGA